GGUCGCUCACGUCACUGCUCGGCGGCGUCGCUCGCGCAGCUGUGCGUCCAGAAGGCGCGACCGAAGGACGCCCUAUCCCCGCCCCCAGCUUCUCUCGCGGGAACCCCGCCCCGCGCACGCGCGUCUAUCGCCGCGCCGAGUCUGUUCUCCAUAGCCUGUUACCGGUCUGUUUCAGGGGCGCGCCGUCGUGACGUGAAGUCCCGUGUCCGUCCCAGGCCCCGCUCCGCCAUGCGAUGUCCGCGCUGAACUGGAAACCCUUCGUGUACGGCGGGCUGGCCUCCUUGGUGGCCGAGUUCGGGACUUUUCCUGUGGACCUCACCAAAACGCGCCUCCAAGUGCAAGGUCAAAGCAUUGAUGCUCGCUUCCGAGAGAUCAAGUACCGGGGCAUGUUCCAUGCCUUGUUCCGCAUCUAUAAGGAGGAGGGGAUUUUGGCUCUCUAUUCUGGGAUUGCUCCUGCAUUGCUGAGACAGGCAUCUUAUGGCACCAUAAAGAUUGGCAUUUACCAGAGCCUGAAGCGGCUGUUUGUAGAUCACUUAGAAGAUGAGACGCUGCUAAUCAACAUGAUCUGUGGGGUGGUUUCAGGGGUGAUCUCGUCCACGCUGGCCAACCCAACAGAUGUGCUGAAGAUUCGAAUGCAGGCACAAGGCAGCUUAUUCCAGGGGGGCAUGAUUGGCAGCUUCAUCGAUAUCUACCAGCAGGAAGGCACGCGGGGGCUCUGGAGGGGUGUAGUCCCCACAGCGCAGAGAGCUGCCAUUGUGGUUGGAGUGGAGCUGCCAGUGUAUGACAUCACCAAGAAGCACCUGAUCCUCUCAGGGUUCAUGGGGGAUACGAUCCUUUCCCACUUCAUUUCCAGUUUUACUUGUGGGCUGGCCGGAGCCAUUGCCUCCAACCCAGUGGACGUGGUGCGAACGCGGAUGAUGAACCAGAGGGCAAUAGUGGGGAGUGUGGAGCUCUAUAAAGGCACACUGGAUGGUCUAGUAAAGACAUGGAAGAGUGAGGGCUUCUUUGCACUCUAUAAAGGGUUCUGGCCCAACUGGCUCCGGCUUGGCCCUUGGAAUAUCAUUUUUUUUAUCACAUAUGAGCAGUUUAAGCGACUCCCGUUCUAGGGCUGCCUCCAAUCCACGAGCACAGCCUCCAAGACGUGCAGUUGGGAAUGAGCAGCCCGAAGUUGCCACCCCUUUUUUUCACUCAUUUCAUCUCCCUGUGUCUUGAUGUCUUGGCAUGCAUGGAUUGGGACCCGCAGUCCACUGAACAUCAGGUCCUUGGAGCACGUCCUGCCUGCAGUGGAGAGGAGCCAGAGGAAGAGGUUGUUUGUUCUAGGGGAAGUAUUAACUGUACCAGUGUCUGGGCCUGAAGCGGUGUCUUCUGUGAAGACUAGUGAGGUGCUGUGGCCUUGCAGUACAGGUGUGGUAUGUGCUGGUUGGGCAGGUGCACAUUGCUGUACCCUGCCUGAUGGGUGGGACAGAAGAUGGAGCUGGAGUGGGGGUGGCCAUGUUUUCCUGCAUACCUGUAACCUCAUUAAACUAUUUAUUGAUAGGG